CUCACUUUUAUUUACAGUCUUUUACUUCGACACUUCCUAGAAGGGGAGGAAGUGCAGAUGGAAACUCUGGACAUGUUUGACCCAGUCAACAGUAUUUGUUUUCCCAUUGGGGAAAAUAUUGACAGCUGCAAUCAGGAACAUGAGACGUCUGAUGAUGACUCCAUAAGCCUGUUACAUGGUUUGGAUCCCAUCCAAAGUGGAGGGACAAUGGCAGGCUUGGAAAGACAUCAUUUAGCUUUAGAAACCUCGAGCAAGGAGCAGAAAAACAAGAUGGAGAUAAGUCCACAAAAGACUGCUUCUGGGAUGGAGCAAGGAAACUUGAUAGCCUAUGUGGCAGACAAUGGUGAGACUUCCACAGAGGCUUACUGCCAUAAGCAGCCACACUGCCAUUUGAGCAUCGAUCCCACCCAAAGUGACACGGCAACAAGUGUACACGCCAGAGAAUCAGCAGAUGAGGGAAGAGCCGUAAAAGCUGCAGAAAUUCAGAAGAGAACGAAAGACACCAUGACUGAUAAUUUGAAACAAUCAGUGGCCAUUCAGGAGAUUUUGAAGGGAAUAGAGGAGAAGCAAAUGGAAAUGUCUACUUGGCCUCUGACACAAACAGAGGAUGGAGUCAGAUAUUAUGCAGCACUAACAGAGAUUCUUAAGGUACUGACUGAGGUCCUCGUCAGGCAACGCUUGGAGAAAGAUAAUCUCACCCACAAAUACAAAUGUAUUUAUACACCGAAUCUUCAACAUGGGCUGAAAAUUCAACUUAUCUCCCUUGCUUCACGACAAAGGAACAUAGUGGGCAUCCUUCAGAGGCAAAUGGAUUUGGUACAGUUGCAUGGGAGCACAAAAUUCACUCGUUGCCCAACUCGUCAUAUCAAUCAACUAGUGCGGGACCCAUCAGGCCAGUUCUGCGCUCCAUUACUCCAAUCCCCCUCUUCUAAAGGGAGAGCAAUGGAAAUGGGUUCCCGAGACAAAUGUUACCAAGGCAUUCCAGAAAAACAAAGCCACAGUUCAGUUGCACAGGCCAGCCAACAGAGAGUGGGGCCAUCAGUCCAGAAGAACCUUGCGGUGUCCAGACCACGUGCUCCAUCAGCAGGAAAGAAUGCAAAAGGGAUGUUCCAAGAAAAAACGUUCUCUCACCUUCACAGGGCCGAAUCAAGAUACUCUGAGACGGCUGUACAACAUUACACCGCAAGUUCUAUUCAGGAAACACAGAUCCCAGUGUCAAGAAGCCUGAAUCAUGUAAUGAAAAUCAAAACAGUCCAUUUGGUGGCUGAUGAAGAGCUGAUACCAAAUGCUAUACUCGACAGCUACUGGGAGAUGCUCUUACAGCGUAACCCACAAUUGGGAUGGUAACGUCUCCAUUAUCGCCAAGGUUUGAUUUGAGGCGUCUCAAAAAAUAUGCAGGAAUUCUCAUGAUUUGUUUCCUCACCUCUACGUGUGAAUUUAUGUCACUGUUCUUUUCAAGGUUUGACAUUUUGUCUGUUUAAUGUUUCAUGUAUUUUGUUAUAAGUUCUGUGAGGCAAUCGAAAAAAAUGACAUUUUUGGUCACUUUUCUUUCAUGUAGCCAACUAAGGAACCCAAAUUAUUCGAAACGGAAUGAUGCACUAAUAACUGAUUCCAUUGCAAAUACUGCAACACAUGGGCAGAAUAAAUAAAAACUUAACCUCA